UAGAUUUGUCUACUUUUGGAAUGUAAUUGUUUUGCACCUCAAAUGUCCCCCAAAUACACUGCUGAGGUGAAACUACCUAGGAAGUGCAAUUGUAACAGGUUUUCUAGAGGGCAAGGUACCCUAAAGGAGAAUUUUCCUUUACUGACAGCAUUACCAGAUGUAUUGUUUUAAAAUGAAAAUACACAUUUGCAAAACUAUAUGUUUCUUUGUGCAGGGUUAGUCAUGCAAGCGGGAGCUCGCUUGUUUGAAUCCUGUUUGUGCCGAGUUGCAUUGCAGGGAGUGCAGCAUUGUCCUUUAGCUCUCCCUGGAGUGUUAGGGAGGAAAAUCGGCUGGGGAUAGUUCACUUCAACAUGCUUCAGCAACCAAUAGUGGUCAGGCCCCCAACAAGGCCAGGUGGAGCUUGCUCAGGCAGUGUCUUUUCUACAGGUUUAGUAGCUUGGCAGCAUUCAAUUCUUAAAUUCAGUGGAUCAAAAGUCCAUCAGCUUGACAGAACGAAGAAAGAUUAUCAGUCCUUCUGAUAGGUAAUUGGGCUUCAGUUGUGAGGCGAUAUUUGAACUGGACAUUUGAAAUGAGGUUUGAAAAAGUGGGGUAAUAUAUAAUAAAAAUAAAAGAAUACCACGACCGACAACUAGUAUGUUAAGUGCAUGUAAAACAGUGUGACAUAUUAAACCAGAUCCAGCAACUCUAUAAUAAAAAUUUGAUGUUGCUUCAAUAGGGGGCUUUUUUUUUUGAAGACCAUGUUAGAAAUUGUACGUCGUUUUACGUCAUUGUAACUUUUUCUAACUGCAUUGCUGUGGUUUUUGAAGAGGAAGUGAGUGUAGGACUCACAGCACAGUUGUUAAACUGAACUUGCUUAACUGUGAAAUACCAAUCAGUAAAAUCAGCAGGUUAUUUUAUCUUUAGCAAGGGAUUCAACCUUCUAGUUGUGACAAGGGAAAUGGCAUGUCUUCAGACCAUUAAAAACCUUUUAUUUUUUCACUUGAUCUGCAUAGAGGGAUGUGAUAUAAAUGUAACACAGUCCCCCUCCGAGAUCUCCAUUGAUAGAGGAAGCUCAGCAUUACUGACAUGCCAGUGGAAUAGCAGCUGUGAGGUGCAGCGGAUCAGAAUAUCCUGGUUCAAGGACAGGAAAAAGAUCAAUUCUACAAUACAAACUACCAAAAAUAUUUCUUCACUCCACCGAGGAAAGACAUACUUUAAAAUUCACAACACAGGUGUAAAUGAAACAGGUGUUUAUUGGUGCAAUGUGAUUGUGGAGAUCCCGUUGCCUAUGCAAAAUGGAACAGGACCUGGAACCACACUGAAAUUCAACGCCAACAAAACCAACGAGGAUUGGAAAUCUGCCUGGACAGUGCCUAUAGCAGCAGCUUUAGCCGGGGCUGCAAUACUGGUUAUUCUAUUUACUGGCUAUAGGUGCUUGAGAAGAACUUGUUGGCAUGGAGGCAGUGACAUCCCAGUGUAUGUCAAUAACAAAGUUCCCCCAAAAAGUUUGAAAGACCACAGUACAAAAACUGCUGAAGAAAUCAAAACUGCUUCCGACUUCAGUAGCAAUAAGGAUUUUCAGGUGAACCCUACUGAGCUUGUUGAAACACGGAACAAAAUGAAAAAACAAAAAGCUCAUUUUUUCCAUGGAAAUGCACAAUUAAAGAGGAAGACAGAGGGACAAUUUAAGAAAAAGAGAAGCUUGCAUAUAUACAUCAACAGCAGGGAACUAAAAAAACAUUGCAAACAAACCACUGAUGCCUCAGAUAAUAAUAAGUAUAAAGCCCAACGCUCUCACAAGGCAUUACAGAAACAGAACAGAAUGAAGGGGAUGCCAGAAGAUGUGUUUCAGACCGUAGUUUGUUGAGUAAACUUUUAAAAUACAUACUCCAUGUGGCAGUGUCGUUUGUAUUCAGUCACAGAGUUGUAAGAUAACAAUCUGACCAUUUACAACAUCCAAAUGAGCAUCGUUGCUCUCAUAGUAAAGUAUUGAAACUCACAGUGCAGAUCAAGAUUUUUAUGUACUAUAAAAGAAAAGAAAGUACCAUCCUGUCCAGCAAUGGCAACGUUCUAUGCUAACAUCGCCCGAUUUAAGACAUGUUGGAAGAUAGGAGUGUGUGGGUCAAGAAUCGAGUUAGCAAGGUGGAGUGACACAUUAAAGAGGCUGGAUAGUUAAUGCAUAUAAGAAAUUAUUUUCAUGCCUCCAGCUCCCUCUAUCGGUAGCAGGAAACAAUUUUACAUACAUUGUAAAUAAUGUCCUUGUGCCAACUGUAAAAAUAGAGGCAGUUAAACUGUAGUAUAUCAGCACUGCAAGGCAGCAUAGCCAGUGUUUGAAACAUCUUAAAUACACCGUGGCUAAAAUGUCAAUAUCAUUCAAUUUUUGGGAUUAAUAUUGUUGAUAACAUGCACUGUCAGACUAUGUACAAGAAUUACAAUUUUAUUAAUGACUUUUAUGUAUCUGUAAAAUUGCUUUACAGUUUUGCUUUAUUUGUUUUACAGUACACGUGUAAACAGUAAAACAAAUGAAUGCAAUUGUUCAUGCACACUUUUGAAUGUUGUAUGUGUUUGUUAAAUAAUUUUGCAUUAGUCAGCUUUCUUUACCACUGUGUUGUUUUUUGUUUAUUGGUGAUACUGUGUCAGACAGGGAGACUGGAUAGUAUUGAGUCCACUCUGCCGGUUUCCAUGAACACUAUCCCUAAAUUAACAGUCAUCUUCCAGUUCUGUACCCUUAAAUACAAGGGUACACAAAAUAAAAAUAUGAUAUUCUUAUCUUAAAUUCUUGCACAACUUAAAAAGCGACUCUCCUCUUCUAAGAACCUGACAUUUUUGGAAACACUUUGUGUUGAGCAGAAACCAAGCCUGCUCAAAACAAGCCUGGACCAGUGAACUAUAGAUCCUGACCUGUAAUCCUUGACACCAGCAUAUUAAUGGAAACACAGGUCACACUCUGUACACACUAUCCCUUUAAACCAGUGUGGUGUUGUUAUCAGAUGGUACGCAGCGCACAGCGCUUGCUCAUGCAUGCCUAAAGAACUUCCACUAAGAAAGGGAAGCGCCCGUUCAAAUCAGGUACCUU